UUCGUAAGUGGCGUGGAUUAUUCAGUUUGCUUCCAAAAACGACCACGCUUCGUUUAGUAACUACUAUAUUUCCAUGUCAAAAAUUGUUCGAUUACUCGUUAAUUAAACAUAAUUCAUUCGAAAUUCUAUAUUUUUUCUUCUCUAUGUAAAAUAUAAAAUGUAACAAAAUUGAUACUCCAAAAUAUAUUGGAGUAGUGUGCUUAAACUGUAGCCGGCGAAACAGCUGAUCGCGUAUAAGUUCCGAAGUGGUUUCGAAAGAAGCGUGAAAGUGAAAAAGAAAGAGAAACACGGAAAAAUCAGAUGCUGGUCGAACGAAUGAGAAACAAGCAGCAACUCCAGGCCUGUGUCAGAAUUAUCAUACGAACAGUUAGAGAUUCCUCCACGACUAAAGAGAACUUCGAAAAAUGACAUUUCGACCGUCAGCGACGAUGGCGACAAAAGGAAUAUUCAGUGUCGUCGUUGGCUGGUCCCUUAUCGUCAAUUUUAUUGGCGUUCUCGCGACCAACGUUAUCAAUGAUAAUCUUGAUCAUUCGGACAAAUAUAUUUCAAUCGAUCUUCCGGAGACUCAUCUCAAAUAUUAUUUUCAUUCCUUUCCUAAAAUUGUCCAAGAGUGCCGGAACGAUUCUACCUGUCCAUACAAGAAUGAAAUCGACGAAAAAGGAUGUUGGGGUUACGAAGAGGAUUGUAAACCGGAAAACUCAUUUUCUGUUCCUUACUGUCCUGGUGAUCAUAAGGGAUGGGUUGCAACAAAAAAAGCACAAGUGGAAACCUUUUACGCGCAAGGUGACUUUGGCUACGUCAAAGAUCAAAGAAACGAAAUGAUGAUGCUGUGUGUUCCUCUGUUCUUGGACGAUUCAAGUUUUGAAUGCACAGAGCAUUUACGAUUCUGUCGAGGAAGGAACAUUAUGAUAAACUUUACUGAUCUGUCACAAAGGAAUGAACCUUUAAGAUACAAAAUCGAUAUACUUAAAGAAGGACAAAUUGGGGGAUACUGCAAAUUGGAAGAGCAGCGGCUCCGAGAUAACGCGGAUCAUAUAAGCGCUCUUCAAUCUUGGGGACCAGAAGUACGAAACUUUCGAGCAUUGCCACGGAGACCAAUCGUCGAUGGUGAUUGUGACGUUGUGAUAGAAAAACCCACGUACAUCAUGAAGAUUGAUGCCACAGUUAAUUUAUAUCACCACUUCUGCGAUUUCUUCAAUCUUUAUGCCUCGCUGCACGUGAAUUUAUCACAUCCUUCUGCCUUUUCGACCGAUAAUCACAUUAUGAUAUGGGAAAGUUACAGUUAUCGUUCUGCGUUUGAAGAUAGUUUCCAAGCAUUCACAAAAAAUCCUCUCUGGGACUUGAAAACAUUUCGUGGAAAGACAGUUUGCUUCAAAAAUUUAGUUUUGCCGCUUUUGCCUCGAAUGAUUUUUGGACUUUACUACAACACACCGCUCAUUUACGGUUGCGAAAAAAGUGGUUUAUUCAAAGCUUUUAGCGAACAUCUGUUGCAUCGUCUUCGGAUUCCUUUGCACAUGCGGGACUCCCCGAAAAUUCGUGUCACUUUGCUCAGUCGAGAUACAAGAUAUAGAAAAAUAUUGAAUGAAGAUGAACUCGUUGAUGCACUUAAGGAAAAUCCACACUAUCUAGUCCAAAAAGUUGUUUACAACAAAGAUAUAAGUUUUAAAAGACAGCUCGAAAUAACAAGAAACACUGACAUAUUUAUUGGAAUUCACGGAGCUGGAUUGACCCAUGCGAUGUUUUUACCAGACUGGGCAGCUAUUUUUGAAUUAUAUAAUUGUGAGGACGCAAGCUGUUACAAGGACCUCGCAAGGCUCCGUGGCGUCAAAUAUUUUACUUGGGAGAACGAUCAGAAAUUAUUUCAACAGGAUCCGGGAACACAUCCGGACGGUGGUGCCCACGCCAAAUUUACAAAUUAUAGUUUUGAUGUGAAUGAAUUCGUAAGAAUCGUAGCAAAAGCUGCCAAGUACGUCAACGAAAAUAAAGAGUUUCGUAAUUUCGUCGAUAGUAAAAGGGAAAACAUCAACAAGAGAAAAGAAACCAAAGCCGAAGACGGAUUUUUAAACAAAGACGAACUUUGAUUUUCAUUUUGAAACAUAAGAAAUAAGAUUCAUGUUCCUAUGCACCGUGAGCUCAAAUUUGUCGUUACAGCAAAACAAAAAAAAUUCAAAAUGCUGAAAAAUGUUCUCGGGCAAAUAACGAGAAUCUCAACUAGGCAUGUAAUUGAUAGCAUCACUGCUUGCAUCGUUGGAAUGACAUGAAAAAGCUAUCUUUUAUUUAUUUUCAUACACUGUUCGAUUUUGGAAAUUUAGUUUAUCAACUCGUAACAAAAGACCAUGGAAGAAUUUUCAUUGCAUCCCAACAACGUAAACGUCGCAAUCAUUCCGUUUCUAAUCAGAACUGGAACGACUAUGGAGAGUAUUUAUAAUUAUAGGAUAGGUAAUUUCAUUCAUUAUUUUUCACAAUUUUUUUACCUUUGCUCGGUUGGAAUGCAGGAAGUGGUUUCCAUAAUAUGAAAAUGGUGCUCAAAUUUCUGGUCUAAUUAUGGCUACGAAAUCUGUUCAAUUUUUUUUUUGUUUUUUUUCUUCUCUAAGAAAUCUUGUGCUAAACGUAUAUAGCAAUGAUUUCCACAAAGUGAAAGUAAAGACGUAUUCUUGUUACAUUCCAAAGAGGUAAAGUUCGAUAUAUAAUUUUUCAUAUUUUUUUACAAAUGUGUAUAAAGGUGCGAAACUAAUAUAAAUCAUGGAAAAUUAUUUUCCUUAUUUAUAAAAAAAAAGUGGCGAUUCAAUUAUGAA